AUGGGACAUCUCAACCAGAACUACCCAAAGAGAGGGAUCACUUGUUUCAACUGCCAGCAGACUGGUCAUUUUGCAAAGGACUGUCCCAAACCACGGCUGAUGAGUCAACCUCAAGGGAUGACCGGGAAUGCUAGAGUACAACAGGGAAGAGUGUUUCAUCUGACACGACAAGACACGACAAAAGACCCAGCUGAGCAAAGACUUGAACGUCAAGUUUCAAGGGCAAGUGAUCGGAAAUGGAUUUCGGCUCUAAAGGCUGAGAAACUAUUACGUCAAGGAGCACAAGGAUACUUGUCUUGUGUCCAAGAGAAAGGCAAGGAGCCGUUAAAGAUCGAGGAGGUGCGUAUCGUUAGAGAGUUCGGGGAUGUGUUUCCCGACGAAUUGCCUAGAUUGCCACCCCAGCGAGAGAUCGAGUUUGCUAUAGAAAUCGUACCAGGGGCAGGUCCGAUUUCAAUACCCCCGUAUAAAAUGGCCCCUGCAGAAUUAAGAGAAUUAAAGACCCAAUUGCAAGAGUUGUUGGACAAGGGGUUCAUUAGACCGAGUAUGUCGCCAUGGGGAGCACCAGUACUCUUUGUCAAGAAAAAGGAUGGGAGUCUGAGGAUGUGUAUCGACUAUCGAUAG